UUAUUUGUUUAGUCAACAUUAAAUAUUUCUUAAAGAUUUGAUGGUUGAGUGUAGUCAAAUUUUUGCCUUUCUAUUUGCUCCAAAAAAAAAAAAAAACUAAAGUUAGCAGCUAUUAUCACGACAGUAAACACAAUUUAUAAAUCUUUUUACGACUUGCGAUUGAAAACUCAAAACAUUGAUGUUUUGAGCUAACGUUCAUGUGAUUGGCGCACACGAAUAGCUGUGAUAAAUUAAAAACAAAAAUAUUCGCUGUACUAAGAAUGUGAUUACUUACAGUUUAUAUAAAGAAAAUUACUCAUUUAGUGUAAAUAUGAUAAUUAUAUUGUUAUGGUAACGCGUAAUAUAAUAAAGGGUGAUAAAAAUUGUUGCGUUUUAACAAAAUUUUGUCGUUCUGAACCAUGUUUGAGGUGGCUCACUUUCUCACAAUAUUAAGCCUUGCUUUGGGCGCCGAUGUCUACGAUCAAUUCAAUCAAGAAGCGGUCAUCGUGUCUGAAUACUGUCCCAGUAUCCCAGGGUGUCAAGAUGGAACCCACGUGAUGUGUCUACAUUACCAUCCCGAGAGCGAAAUGGGCCCGGGUUGUGUACAUCCAGUCAAUAUAACUAUGACUCCAGACUUAGCUCAACUGAUCGUCGAUAUUUCUAAUAGAAUCAGAAGUAAGAUUGCAAAUGGUUUGGGGAGAGGUGAAGAAGCGGUGGAUCUUCCAAAGGCGUAUGGAAUGUAUAGGCUGAGUUGGGACACGGAGUUGGCUACAUUGGCCCAGGUUUGGGCAAAUCAGUGCAUAUUCAGUCUCGAUCUUUGCCGUUCAACCAGAAGAUUUCCAACUGUCGGUCAAGUUGUUGGCAUGAGUCGGUACACCUUAGACACUUGGAUGCCAAUAUCUGAAGAUGCAGCGCAGAUCUUCAAUACCUCAACCCUCACUCCUGACAAAGUCAGAUACGCUAUCACAUAUAUCUUGAAAGCCUGGUAUGAGACGAAGAAUGACGUGUUACCGGAUGUUAUAGAGUAUUUCGAUAUUAAGAGUUACUCAAAGCAUAAUCAGUUUGUACAACUCGUGAGUGGUCCCAGCACACACGUCGGGUGCGGAAUAUCCGCAUACAGGGAGUACUCCUACAAUAAUAACAACGCUGCUCUGAACUAUAAUUCAAUACAACUAGUAUGCAACUUUUCGCACCAGCCUCGUGUUGAUGAGUCCGUGUAUCAAACAAAGCCGCCAACGGAACCCGGGUACACUGUGAAAUGCGGAUGUCCGCUGGGAUAUGAUGAGGAUGAAGAUUGUCUUUGCUAUGAAACCGAGAGGGAAUUGCCAUACAGCUGUAAAAGCACUGGUAGGUGCAAACCCUCUGUUGUUGUGUUACCUAUUUUCACCGUAGAAGAUGCACCCAUUCACAGUAUAGGGCAAAAUAAAAGUUCACAAAUCACACCAGCUGUAGGUCCUGACGUCGUGUUAAAGAGACGAAUAAAUAGUAAAGACUACAGUAGAUCGCAAAAAAAUCAUAAACAAGCCAUAAAACAGGACAGCACAAUAAAAUCAAGAAGAAUUAAUGUUGAUGUAAAGAAAAGAUACUUUACAGAAAGAAAAGGAAAAAAACAAUCGAGACUGUUAAACGAACAUUAUAGAAGACACACACCCAGACAAAGCAUUUUUGCUAAAGCCGCAGUUUUUGAACUACCCUCCAGAUUGAAACAAUACGGUCACAAGGUGAAUAACUAUAAAAAAGAUGUUGCACCUAGAAGAGACUUUAGAGAAGUUCAUACGAUUGUAUCAAAAUAUUUAGAAGGUCGUAAAAUGGGGAUUCCGUUACGACAUAGUAUAGAAAGAAAAAACUUAACAAUUUCUAGAUUUACUGAAAUACCUUCGUAUACUGUCACAAUAACAAGCACACCGCAUACUGUAAAUCGUUUUAAAAAAGAUAAAUUUAAUUAUGGAAAUUUAAAUACCACGAAAAUGCCAAGAAACGGAGAAACGAGUAUUAAGCCAUUGAAUGAAGAUACUGACCAAAUGUUGAUGGAUUUAUUGGAUAAAUUGGAGGAAGAAGUGAAUAAUAUACAUUUUAAUACAAAAGAAAAAGAAUUUUUCGAUGAAAAGAUACGCAAAAUAUACGGAACCUUAAUCAAGAAACCAGUUGUAGUGGAACCGAAAAUUGUUGUACCCAAUACAAACGUGUCCCUUGAUUAUAAUGUUGAUAAUAAUCUGAUAGAGAAUGAUAUGAAUGGACACAAUUUUUGGUCAGAUAGUAACAAAGUCAAUGCGUAUAGCUAUCCCCAGUUAGAAGAUAGACCGAUAAACGAAAAAUCUUAUAAAAAACAAAAAGAAAACAUAAAUGAGGAUAAAAAAGAUACAGUUUACAAAAAAUCUAAUAAAUUUCCAUACAACAAACCUUUGUAUAAUUUUGAUAUAGAUGAAAGGGAAUUGAGUGAUAUGUAUUUAAGGAAGAAAUCACGUUUGAACGCUCUGUCGAGGGGAAAGGUUAGGAAUGAAGAUUAUUUUAAAAGUGACUUGGAGGAUUAUAACUCACUUGAUUCAGACAGACGUCGCCAUUACUAUGACAAACUGAGUAACCUGCAGAGAAAAAUCAGUUUGAUGAAAAAACACAAACGUCAGAAUUUCGUUUCUGGAGAUCGUCACAUAAGACCUGUCCGUCCACCCAAACAUCCCAAUUUAAGUCACAAUAGACCAAAAGAAAUGGAACUCUACAUGCCUAACAGAGCAAGAUUUUUACACGGAUUUUAAAAGCAAGGAAUUUAUCAAAAUAGACGAAUGUUCAAAAAAAAAAACGUAAAAAAAAAAUAUAGAAAAUAUUUAAUCUUAAUUAUAAUAAUCUAAAGUAUACGAUUAGGGUUGUAAUUUUAC